CUGGUUGUUAAGGACACCAUUUUGAAUGUUUUUGUAAUAGCUUGGCACCUCGUGAAUCGGAAUAAUACUUGGAAGUUGUUAUAUUUAAAUUAACGUUUCAAAAUGGGAGAUUCUGUUGAUGCCAAGAAGAAACCUACAUCUGAUGAAAUAUUAAGUGAUAUAAAUCUUGGUGUGAAGAGUGAAUCAUCCGUUCAAAACACUUAUAUAAUUAGACCUAAUUAUUCACAAAAAUUUCGGCCAGCCAAUGUCAAGGAACUGAUUCACACAGUAUUGGGUGAGAAGCUAUCAGGUGUUACAUACUCAUCAGAAGAAUCUACAGCAUUGACAAAAGACAUUGCAGACUCUAUAAAGUUUAAAUUAAAAGACUUAGGAUAUGACAGAUACAAGUUUAUAGUACAAGUUGUCAUUGGAGAGCAAAGAGGGGAAGGGGUCAAAAUGGGCUGUCGCUGCUUUUGGGACUCGGACACAGACAACUAUGCACAGGAUAUUUUUAUAAAUGAGUCCCUGUUCUGUGUGGCAGCAGCUUACGGUGUUUUCAAGUAUUAGGAGCAGACAACAAAAGCAAGUCAAGAGAUUGGUUGUGAUAGUGUAAAUUAUGAGGUGAUAACUUUGUAAAACUUAAUGACUGCUUCACCUGUACAUAUUAAUUAUGUUGGACUAGUGGAUGUCAUUGGAUGAUUCUGCUGCUAAAUCUGGCCAAGUGAUGUGUGCGAUGUUGCUAAUGACUUCCUGUUUUCCUUUUUUUUUUUUUUUGUCUACUUCUGGUAGGAGUAGAUCAUGUUCAUGAAUUUUAUAUCCCAGUUUAGAAUUUUCUUGACAAUAUCUGAUAAAAUAAAACUUUUGCUAAUAUGAAUAUAAAAAAUGUUUAUUUAUUCAUGUGGCUGCACAUGCAUUCUAAUUAAUUCCUAAAUGUUCUGACCAUAUAUUACACUAACUGUUCAACCACAUGAAUUGCUUUUUAUAGUUUAAAGAAGUUAUGCACUACUGCUUAACUGCAUACAUUUUCUUCAAUAGGUUAUACCAAAGUUACUUUUUGAGGUCUUAGCAACAUGGUGGCCAUUGUGUAUAUAGUUGUAUGAUAUUUUAUGCUCAAAUAAAUUAAUAAAAUGUGGCAGUUAUCAAUAAAGUGCACAAAUUCAACUUUUAAA